GUAUAUCUCUCAACCUAGUAGCUGUGAUCAGUUUUUAUCAACUAACAACCCACCUUGUGUUGUGAUAAGUAGGCCCCAUUUCAGAAUAGGUGUUCUUUGCAAAGAAAACCGAUAUUUCACAAUCCAGCCUACUGGAAGAAAUACAAUUAAAUUAUGGCAGAGUCGGAAAACACUGAAUCUAAAUUGAAGAACAUCACAUCAUCUCUGCAAAAGAUUGUAGAGUGUCCAGUAUGUCUGGACACAAUCCAAAUUCCAUUUAAGACAUGCAGCAGAGGCCAUGGGGUUUGCAACAGCUGCUGCGAGAAGUUAAAUGACUGCCCGACAUGCGAAGGUCCAUUUACAACAGAGAAUCCUGUGUGUUUAAAAAAUAUUCUGGAAGCCAUACCUCGUCAGUGCAAGUACCAUGGAGAUGGUUGCGAAUACAUUAUGGAGGCCGGGAGCGACCAUGAAGAAUUUUGUGGUUUUAGACCUGCAGAGUGUAGGGACAGCGAUUGCAUCGCUGUGAUUCCUUUGAUAAAAUUGGUGGAUCACUAUCAGAAAGAGCAUUGUGACUCGCUCUUUAAGUAUGAAGGAAAUUCACCUCGUUCUUGGAUUUGGGAACAUUAUAAUCUUAAGAAACACAAUUGGGAUCAUUCACUUAUCUUCAUGUUUGACAAUAUAUUCUGGUUUUCUGAUAGAUUAAAUAAGAAAAAUUUAGAACUUACCUUUGAAGCAACUCCAAUUGGGAGGUUGAAAAAUGAAUAUUUUUUAAGAGUACAGUUUGAAAACGAUAAGUUUUUAUAUGCAUCUACAUUAAAGGCUUCUGUGGUGAAAUGCUAUGAAAAAGGGGAGAAAAGUAACACAGUUGAUAAAAAUAAUUGCAUGAUUAUUCCACAGAGUGCCUUACAUGAUAUCAUUAAUGAAAGAAGUCUUGAAUGUAAGACAACGUUUUUUGAACGCCAAAAAUAAAAUCUGCACAUAAAAUUUAUUUAAAUUGUGUUGCAAUGUUUAAGUUUUGUGUAUGAAUGUUUGAUAUUUUAGGUUUUCCUCCCUCAGCUGUGUAGAAUACCAGCCUAUUCAAUCAGGAUAAAACUUGAACAAUCUAUUAUGCUUUAUUUUAUUAUAUUUACAGUAUAAGGGUUAGGUUAAAGUGUAAGCUUUGUAAACUUAAUAGUCAAUGCUUAUACUUAAAUAUCCUGUCAUCAUCAAGGAAUCUAAUAUAGUCCAGUACAAAUAGCAACAAAAAAUGACCUAACGAUAUCCAUAGUGAAAGCUAAUUUUUUACUUGUUCAAUAUUCACUAGUCCUAAUAUUUCAUAGUACAAAGUUACACUAAUGUAAGCAUUGGGGGGUUAAAAAAUCAGUAGUUUUCUUUUAAAUGUCUUGAUAACUUUGCGGUUAAGCGCAAAUCACUUUAAGUUACUUACAAAAAAUAAUUUAGGAUAAAUUAUCGUUCACUGUAAUAGUUAUUUAGAUAUUUCAUAAAAUGCAAAAAACUGCAGAUUUUUAACUUUUUAACCCUUACCCCGGAACAUAAUAUGGGAUGGGAACUGUAUUGAACGGUUUUGAGUCAAAAGUUAGCUUUCACUUUGGAUCUUCAGGUUUCGGUCCAACUGCACCUAAUAUCAAAGACUAGCAUGAUGUGCAAAUGUGUACCAUGAUAUGACUUUACAGUGCCUUUAACUAAAUGAUUUUGUUGCUGUGAAGAGUAAUACGAUAGUGACAUAUAAUAGAGGAAACUUGGACAAUAUGUUUUAAGAUUUGUAUGUGUAUGGUUUAAAAUGUCAAUUAAUUUAGCUCAUGAGAUACGGUACAAUGAAUAUCUGUAAUAUGCAGAUAGUAGGGCUGGGCAAAAUGAUUUGUGAUGUUAUCAUUUUAAAAGUGAUCUAAACUACGUCAUUAUUUUGUAUUUUGCCACACAAUGAUGCAAAUGAUGGUGUUUCUUGGUAGGUCUACUUUUUUAUUUAUUUUCUAUUAAAGCUAUUUAUUUUCUAUUUUAAAGAUAUUAUGCUAGUUUAAGUAUUUUGAUAAGCUUAUGUAAUCUAAAAAAGCCAGACUCAAUGAAACUUAACUUG